CCACCACCUAGCCUAUCCUCGAUCCUCAUUAUUUUACUCCAAGCACCAUCAUGCCUCGCUCCAGACGCCGAUAUAUCAGACUUGAAGUCGUCGACGGAAAGAAUCUUCGGGUCCCCUCCUGCCGCAGCCCUGUUGGCGUCUACAUAUCCAUCAAUGUCAACUCAUGGAGACGCUGGAAAUCGACCAUCAGUGUCUUAUCAUCUGAUGAAUCUGUAACGUGGGAGAAUACUGUAACUCUAUCAUCACAUGCAUCACCUGCGUUGUCAAUGGAGAUCAGGGCGUCCUAUGAACUUGGUCGAAUGCUAGGCGCUGGAGAGGUCAUCGGGAAACUUGAAAUAUCGUGGGAUGAGCUACUCGAUCAUGGAGAUGAGCCAUUCGAUCUAUCCUUCCCACCUGUGUAUGGAGUCCACCCUUCCCUUACGCUGAAGGCUGCCGUUGUACACACUUGCGACAGUCAAAAUGGUGUAUUGUCUCGUUCCCUCGUAGAACCCAAGAUUGCUCGAGACACAGAUGCGGGCCACGCACAUCUUUCCAAAUACGUGACGAACAAAGCAGUCUCUCACCUGAACCAUGCUAUGCAGCGUUUUCAGUUGGUUUUGGACCAGUGUCCAGUCAGCCAUCCAGAACACACAACAGCUCUCACCAACCUUGCGUGGACCCGCCUCAUAGGCUUCCUUCGAAAUGAUAUUCAAGACAUUGAUACUACUACUUCUCUCUUUCGCAAAGCCCUUGCAUUGCGUCCUCAGUACCAUCCUGAUUAUUCCUUAUCUUUGUAUAAUCUUGCAAUAGCGCUGACUUGGCGCCACCACAAGAAACGUUCUGCUGCCGACAUCCGCGAAGCCGCCCAACUCUAUCAUGAGUUACUACCUCUCUGUACAGAAGGCACCUACCUUCGUAGGAUCGUGAUCGACGGAUGCGAUGGUCUUCCAAUAGAUGCAUCCGAUGAAGGCAUCCACCUUCGAAGAGUCGUCCUCGAGCUCUGUCCUCUGGGCCAUCAACAUCGUCCAAGAGCACUCGACGGACUUUCAUCGACUCUCGGGUUACGCUUUAGACAGCACGGUAGCAUUGAUGAUCUUGACACGAGCAUACAACUCGGUCGUGAAGUCGUGUCUCUGUGCCCUGAGGGACAUGCUGGCUGUGAAGACUACCUGACCAACUUGGCCAUCUCACUCGAGUGUCGCUUUGAUCACCAAGGCAAACCUAAUGACCUCGAUGAGGCCAUCUCUUUGUACGAGGAAGUGUUGCACCUUUGCCCUGCUGGCCACGAAUAUCGUGACAAGUCGCUAGACGACCUAGGGGCUGCCCUUGUCACUCGUUUCUGCAAUCGCAACGACAUUGAUGACAUCACCCGAGCUAUCAGCCUCCAUCGCGAGGCACUGACAUUACGCCUACCUGGGCAUCCAUAUCGUGACACCACGCUUAAUAACCUUGCCCUCGCACUCCAGAAGAGAUAUUACAAAUUGCAUGUCAGUGAGGAUCUUAAUGAGGCCAUUGAUCGGUAUCGCGAAUCCCUUCGGGUAACGCAACAUGACGAUCCAGAUCGCCAUAGAACUCUUUACAAUUUGAGCGAGGUACUCUGCUCUCGUUUCAUGCAAACUCAGGAGAAUGAAGUUGUGGAGGAAGCCAUUACUCUUUGCCAAGAAUCAUUGGCGGCUCUGUCUUCACUGCACCCCGACAGGCAUUUCGGCUACAUGCGGCUGAAGGAGGCCUAUUUGUCUCGUUACCAGAUUCUACGUGACCCUGCUGAUUUAUCGCUUGCAGUGGAGAACUUCAGACUCGCAUCAAGACAUCCUACUCAAGGAUUUCCAGAACGCAUCAUUCAGGCAUAUUAUUGGACUGUUGUAUUGGAGCAGCAUGGUCAUGGAUCCGCUCUGGAGGCCUACUCAACAUUUUUCGAGCUUCUGGAUGCUCAUUUGUCAACACGAUCGUCGGCAACUUCACGGCGCGAAGCUGCCGCUGCCUUCCGUUAUGCUAGAUUGCUGCCUGUAGAUGCGGCAUCAUGUGCCAUACACCAUGAAAAUCCACAACACGCAGUGGAACUCUUGGAGCAGGGCCGUGGCCAGCAAUGGUCGCUGGCCUCUCGACUCAAGACUCCAGUUGAAGACCUCGAGUCAGCAAAUCCGACACUGGCCCACAAUUAUUUGGAGCUGAGCAAGCGUGUGUCCAAUGCCGCCCAAAGUUCUGCGACCAUCACCGACAGAGCUGCUGCUGAUCGGGAAGCAACAGAGUAUAGGAGACUUACAAGACAAUGGGAAGCUGUAGUAGCUGAGAUACGUAAUCUUCAGGGGUUCUUGCGAUUCCUACUCCCACCUUCGUAUGAAGACCUGCAAGCGGCAGCGCGCCAGGGCCCAGUCAUCAUCCUCAUUGCAAGUCAAUACUCGUGCAGCGCUAUCAUCGUCCCAACGUCAGGAGACCCCCAUCAUGUUCCCUUGCUGUCUGUUACUCUCGCAGAUCUGACCAAUCUCAAAGAUCGUUUCGCCAGGGCCAUACGACAGGCAUCUCGGAUGAAUCCAAGGGAGUCGAGGACGGAUCUAAUAGUACUAUCGCGGAUAAUAUGGGACGAGAUUAUGCUACCCAUCGUCAACGUACUCGAGCACGUCCUGAAACUAAAGCACCGCUCUCGAAUCUGGCUGUGUCCAACUGCAGCUUUCACGUCCAUUCCUCUCCACGCAGCUAACCCCUUUCUAACAAAGGCAGAUCGCUCUGGGAAGGAGCCAUGCCUGGAAGAUCUCUACAUCUGCUCUUACACGCCGACACUUUCUGCUCUGGUCAGAUCUAGACAGUUGAUGAAGAAGCGUGUGUCUCCAUCCUUCGUGACAAUCGGACAAGGUCAGCCGGGUGCAGGGAAAGGCAAGGAACUCUUGGCUGUCGACAGCGAGCUUGAGCUUGUCCAUAAGCUCAUCCCUGCGACUGCCAACCGCACCACUAUUUCAGGCGACGCAGCCACACGAGCAGGUGCACUCGAAGCUUUGCAGCAGAACACCUGGGUGCACCUGGCGUGUCAUGGCAAGCAGGACCGUAUGCAGCCUUAUGAUUCGCAUUUCGUCAUGAGAGACGAACACUUGACGUUGCUCGAUAUCAUGGAGAGAGACAUUCCGCACGCUGAAUUCGCGUUCUUAUCUGCUUGUCAUACCGCCGUCGGCGAUGAAGAGACGCCCGACGAAGUGAUUCAUCUUGCAGCUGGACUCCAGUUUUCGGGGUUCAAGAGCGUCGUUGGCACGCUGUGGGAGGUCGACGAUUCUGUCGCGAAACACGUCGUUGAAGCUUUCUACAAAUAUAUGUUCAAAGACCUUAAAGAUGGUGCUGUUAUGGACUGUACGAAGGCGGCCUGGGCACUCAACUGUGCUACACAUGCCGUGAAGACGAAAGUGCCGCUCGAGCAGAGGAUGGUUUUUUAUUCAUAUUGGUGUAUAAUUCUAUCGUAUGCCUUUCACCCUGGUCUCUAGUACAAGUUGUUGAUCUUUCAUCCCGUUGGUGUACCUGGCCCAUUCUUUGAUACUUGCUUUGCUUUGCAUUCCCUCUCGUGCCAUCGUUUACUCUUAGAAGCGUCUUUUGUAACUUAAUACAUUGUUCGAGCAUUUGAAGUAAGUCCUUCAUACAUGUUGUCACUGAGGGAAACG